AUGCAAGGCCUGCCUUCUGCCUUUGUAGAAUUGGAAGAAGUAGAAUUGGAAGAAGUAGAAUUGGAAGAAGUAGAAUUGGAAGAAGUAGAAUUGGAAGAAGUAGAAUUGGAAGAAGUAGAAUUGGAAGAAGUAGAAUUGGAAGAAGUAGAAUUGGAAGAAGUAGAAUUGGAAGAAGUAGAAUUGGAAGAAGUAGAAUUGGAAGAAGUAGAAUUGGAAGAAGUAGAAUUGGAAGAAGUAGAAUUGGAAGAAGUAGAAUUGGAAGAAGUAGAAUUGGAAGAAGUAGAAUUGGAAGAAGUAGAAUUGGAAGAAGUAGAAUUGGAAGAAGUAGAAUUGGAAGAAGUAGAAUUGGAAGAAGUAGAAUUGGAAGAAGUAGAAUUGGAAGAAGUAGAAUUGGAAGAAGUAGAAUUGGAAGAAGUAGAAUUGGAAGAAGUAGAAUUGGAAGAAGUAGAAUUGGAAGAAGUAGAAUUGGAAGAAGUAGAAUUGGAAGAAGUAGAAUUGGAAGAAGUAGAAUUGGAAGAAGUAGAAUUGGAAGAAGUAGAAUUGGAAGAAGUAGAAUUGGAAGAAGUAGAAUUGGAAGAAGUAGAAUUGGAAGAAGUAGAAUUGGAAGAAGUAGAAUUGGAAGAAGUAGAAUUGGAAGAAGUAGAAUUGGAAGAAGUAGAAUUGGAAGAAGUAGAAUUGGAAGAAGUAGAAUUGGAAGAAGUAGAAUUGGAAGAAGUAGAAUUGGAAGAAGUAGAAUUGGAAGAAGUAGAAUUGGAAGAAGUAGAAUUGGAAGAAGUAGAAUUGGAAGAAGUAGAAUUGGAAGAAGUAGAAUUGGAAGAAGUAGAAUUGGAAGAAGUAGAAUUGGAAGAAGUAGAAUUGGAAGAAGUAGAAUUGGAAGAAGUAGAAUUGGAAGAAAUUCUUGACAAACUCUGUCAUGAAGCUGAGAGGAUCAUCAAAUUUCAUGGAGAAAUCCACUAUGAAUCUCAGGACCUGCCCAACAGCUGUUUCAUUGUACAUCAGUAUGCAUCCAUCUCUCCUCAGGCCAGCCAGGGUAGAAUAGUUUGUCAGUAUAUGAGCCAAUUGCCCGGCAAAGUGCCCGGCAAAGUGCCCGGCAAAGUGCCCGGCAAAGUGCCCGGCAAAGUGCCCGGCAAAGUGCCCGGCAAAGUGCCCGGCAAAGUGCCCGGCAAAGUGCCCGGCAAAGUGCCCGGCAAAGUGCCCGGCAAAGUGCCCGGCAAAGUGCCCGGCAAAGUGCCCGGCAAAGUGCCCGGCAAAGUGCCCGGCAAAGUGCCCGGCAAAGUGCCCGGCAAAGUGCCCGGCAAAGUGCCCGGCAAAGUGCCCGGCAAAGUGCCCGGCAAAGUGCCCGGCAAAGUGCCCGGCAAAGUGCCCGGCAAAGUGCCCGGCAAAGUGCCCGGCAAAGUGCCCGGCAAAGUGCCCGGCAAAGUGCCCGGCAAAGUGCCCGGCAAAUUGCCCGGCAAAGUGCCCGGCAAAGUGCCCGGCAAAGUGCCCGGCAAAGUGCCCGGCAAAGUGCCCGGCAAAGUGCCCGGCAAAGUAUUACAUUCCUUCUUUUUGUUUAUUCUCGUUGCAGCUCUCAUCCCUGAGUUGCUGGCUGCGCUGGACCACCAACUGGAGGCAGAGUGA